AUGCCAUGCAUUUUGGAUCAAACUCUAUAUAUAUACAUAUUAUUACUUAUCAUAAAAAUCUUGACUGAAAAUGAGUUCCAUAAUCUCUCUUCUUGGGCUUCUACUCGUCAUCAAUAUUCUAUCUUUGCAAUAUUCUUAUGCUCAGAAGAGCAAAAUCUCUGCGGUUUUUGUGUUUGGAGACUCGACUGUGGACCCUGGAAACAACAACUACAUUUCCACCUACUCCAGAGGGAACUUCCCUCCUUAUGGCAAAGAUUUCAUCAAUCAUGAGCCCACCGGAAGGUUCAGCAAUGGCCGACUUGUCACUGAUUUUAUAGCUGAAUUUUUGGGGGUUAAAAAGAAUUUGCCUCCUUACUUGGAUCCACGUUUAACCAUUCAAGACCUCAUGACUGGUGUUAGCUUUGCCUCUGCUGGUGCUGGUUUCGAUCCCAUUACCUCCCAACUUGGCAGAGCACUUACACAACCACAACAACUGGAUUUAUUCAGAGAAUAUAAAAGAAAACUACAAGCGGCGAUAGGAAAAGAAAGGACAGAUGAUCUUGUUAGGAAUGCAGGGUACAUAGUUAGCUCGGGCACCAAUGAUUUCACCUUCAACUACUAUGGACCUGUACUUGUUCGACGCUCAACUUAUCCCAAUAUCGCGGAUUAUCAGAAAUUUCAGUGGAAUUUGAUUGAACAAUUCAUGCAGGAUCUGUUGGAUGAGGGUGCAAUGAAGAUAGGAGUGGUUGGUAUACCCCCAAUUGGAUGCUUGCCUGCUAUCAUUACCAUCAACUCAAAGAAACCUAUCUCCAAUCGUGAAUGUAUUGGAAAUCUUAAUUCCCUUGCAAGAGAUAUUAAUCAAAUGCUAAAAACUAAUCUUAAAGGCCUUCAAAGACCAGGCACCAAGAUCGUGUAUGCAGAUAUAUACAACCCUCUCAUCGAUAUGGUUAACCAUAAGACUAAAUAUGGUUUUGAAGAGGCUCAUAAGGGUUGUUGUGGAACUGGUUUGAUUGAAGCAGAUUUUGGGUGCAACCCAACUUCUCCGUUGUGUGAUGAUGUCUUAAAGUAUGUAUUUUGGGAUGCAUUCCAUCCGUCCGAAAAGGGUUACCAGAUUAUCUUCAAUUCCCUCAAAUCGCUCAUUCAAGAUAACAUUGCAUGAGUUACAUCCCAUGAUUAUUGUACCUUUUUCCGUGUUUUGUUAAAUUUUUGACCAUUUGUAACACACUAUAGUCAAUAAUCUCAAAUAAAAGUAUAAUGUUUCUUUAGAA